GAGUGCUAGGUCGGCAGUCACUUUUCGUUCUUUACAUCUGCAGAAAGAAGAGACACCUAGGAAACCAUCUGCAAUGGCAUUCAAUUUUAGUCACCUCCUCAUCGCCGGUGUUUUGGCAUUAUCCGCAGUGUCCUCCGAGACCAUCCAGCUGCAGCCCACUCAGGGUAUCCUUAUCCCAGCUCCCCUGGCUGAGAACAUUCGUGUGUCUCGCGCUGCCUACGGCGGGUAUGGAGCUCCAGCUGCAUCUGCUCCAUCUGCACCAGCCUACUCGUCUCCACCGUCCUCCUAUUCUGCUCAAGCUGCCCAGUCCUACUCUGCUCCUGCUGCACCCUCGAACUCGGCUCCAUCCGCACCCACCUAUUUAGCCCCGUUACCCAUUCAAUCGCCUACGUGCCCCAAAAACUAUUUGUUCAGCUGCCAGCCCUCUCUGCAGCCCGUGCCCUGUAGUGCUACGUCCAGUAGUUACGGAUCCGCCGGGGCCUACUCUCAAUAUGUACCUCACUACGCUGUACCCUUCGUCCGAGAACUGUAAGGCGCGAACCGAAUCACUUUAGUACAUAUGAAAAAAAUAAAGCGUUAAAAUAUAA